UCUCGCGGAAUCUAGAUAGGAUUUCUUUAAUUCCACUUCCAGAGCCACCCUUAGUAGAUUCAAGGAUGGCAGCUCCGGUGGUUUUGAACACCAGCAGGCAACUGUGGAGGCCGACCUUCUUGGCACCUCGUUCGGUGCAGGUUCUAACAGAUGACAGUCGCAGGAACAUGGCCUCGCAACAGACUAUUCCUCCACCAGCCAAAUAUGGAGGACGCCAUACCGUGACAAUGAUCCCUGGAGAUGGGAUUGGGCCAGAGCUUAUGCUACAUGUCAAGGAACUUUUCAGGCAUGCCUGUGUGCCCGUGGACUUUGAGGAAGUCCUGGUGAGCUCUGAGGCAUCUGAAGAGGACAUGAAGAAUGCUCUCAUGGCCAUCCGGCGCAACCGUGUGGCCCUCAAAGGAAACAUUGAGACAAACCAUAACCUGCCGCCUUCCCACAAAUCCAGGAACAACAUACUUCGCACGAGUCUGGAUCUCUUUGCUAACCUCAUCCAUUGCAAGAGUCUUCCAGGAGUUGCAACCAGGCACCAUGAUGUUGACAUCCUCAUCGUCCGGGAGAACACGGAGGGGGAAUACAGCAGCCUGGAGCAUGAGAGUGUCUCUGGUGUAGUAGAGAGCCUGAAGAUCAUCACAAAGGCUAAGUCGCUGCGCAUUGCCGAAUAUGCCUUCAAGUUGGCAGAAGAAGCUGGCCGCAAGAAGGUGACAGCCGUCCACAAGGCCAACAUCAUGAAGCUGGGUGAUGGUCUCUUCCUACAGUGCUGCAAAGAGGUGGCAGCUGGCUACCCCAACAUAUCCUUCGAUAGCAUGAUCGUUGACAACACCACCAUGCAGCUGGUGUCCCGUCCACAGCAGUUCGAUGUCAUGGUUAUGCCUAACCUCUAUGGCAACAUUGUCAACAAUGUCUGUGCUGGAUUGGUUGGGGGCCCGGGCCUGGUGCCAGGUGCUAAUUAUGGGCGUGACUACGCUGUUUUUGAAACGGCCACGCGUAAUACUGGCAAGAGUAUUGCUGGCAAGAACAUUGCCAACCCCACAGCCAUGCUGCUUGCCAGCUGCAUGAUGCUGGACCACCUCAAACUGCACAGCUAUGCAUCUGUUAUCCGCAAAGCAGUCCUGGCCUCCAUGGAUCAAGCAGAAACCCACACACCAGAUAUUGGGGGCCAGGGUACAACCUCAGCAGCUGUUCAGUCCAUCCUGAAACAGAUCAGAAAUGCUAACCCGAACCUGGCACAGUAAGCAACAUCCUGAAGCCCAGCUGCAACUGAAACAACCCCCCCGUCUCUAUAAAAGAGGCCAGAGCAACUCUGUUGUCUGUGACUGGAACAGACUCUCCCAUUCUAAACUAUCCAAGCACAAACUCCCGUCUUCUGUACAUAGUAAGAGGACAAUUCAUUCUCACCUCCUUAAAGGAAAUAAAUGGAAAUGUGAAUUCUUA